AUGCCAUACAUUGAGGCAUUAACUAAGAGUCGUGAGGAAAAGGGCGCGGGACUGACAACCGGUGCCUCUGAUAAGGCCAGGACGGGAGGACCGGUGCAGGCCAGUAACAUGACACCGAAGAGAAUGAAGGACAGCUACUAUCGAUCGAUAUUGCCUCUUGGUAAAGACCCGUGGCUUCUGGACGAGUAUGUCAACGCAACUGGACAGAUCAGACUGGGCUCGUUGCUGAUGGACUUGGAUGCGCUUGCCGGCGUUGUCAGUUACCGACAUGCCGGUGAUGAUGUCGCUCUCGUUACUGCGGCAGUUGACAGGAUCACGAUUGAGAACCCAUUGAAAGAGAUUUGUGACCUAGAACUGAGUGGCCAAGUUACUUAUUCUACAGGCCGAUCAAGUAUGGAAGUAUCUCUACAGGUUGCUAAAGCGCCGGCUGAAGGUGAAGUGGUGAGGACUGAAGAUAUUUUAAUUACUUGCGCCUUUACCAUGGUGGCUUUGGAUCCAAAGACUAAGAAACCAGCCUCUGUUGCACCGCUUCUGGUUGAAACGGCUGAAGAGCGUCGACUGUUCGAGAAGGGGGAGCAUAAUUAUAAUGCUAAAAAGGACCUUAGACAGAGAAGCCUGAAAACUCAGACUCCCAAUGACGAAGAGAGUGACCUUAUCCAUGCAAUGUGGACGAAGAGAGCAGGACGUGAAAUACCUCCUGAACUAUCUGGCGUAUCUGCUACGAACAUGAAGGACACAAGACUCUCAGCCGCCCAGAUCAUGCAGCCUUAUGAUCGCAACCGACAUAACUUCAUGAUCUUCGGAGGCUACCUUCUCAAGCAAACGUUCGAACUAGCUUACUGCUGCGCUGCCUCGUUCUCGCGCAGUAGACCUACUUUCCUAUGUCUUGAGCCCAGUACCUUUGACAACCCGGUCCCAGUUGGCUGCGUUUCAUACCUCAAUGCCGUAGUAUCAUAUACUCAAGACUCACCUUCGACUGCCUCGACCGGACAAAAGUUCACCAGAGUUCAAGUUCGGGUUGACACAACCGCCAGGAACAUCGACCAUGGAACCAGCAAUCCCACCGGAACCUUCAACUACACCUUCUUGGUUGAGGGACAACACGAAGUUUGGCCACAGACCUAUGAUGAGUUCAUGAUCUGGGUGGAAGCGAGAAGGAAUGUGGAGAAUAUGAAUGCUAGUUUGCCCUCGCCGGACAAUGUUGCUAUUGCCUAUAAAGAGGGUGCGACAGAUGUAUUAGUUACACCUGACAGUAAGGACUUUUUUUACGUCUGCCUAAUCCAUCUAAAAGAUAAGGGUUUUUGCUCCCCUCUUAUAGACGAGGAGGAAGUUGCAGCGAAGAAGAGAAAAGAAGAAAUGGAUCGGGAGAUAGAGAAGGUGAAGAAACAGUACGAGGAAAAGCAGCGGAGGAAGAGGGACAAGGAGAAGGAUGGCGAGAAGACAGAUGACAAGAAGAAGGCCGACGACGAAGAAGAAAGUAAGAAAGCUGAGAAAGAGAGAGAUGACAAGAUCAAAUCUAUACAGAAUGCAGCUAGCCCUUUGGAUGCUAGCACAGAUGACAUGCCUCGAAUAUACUCACUCCACAAGAACUUCUACCAAAUGCGGGUUGAUAGACUGAAGGCUAUUGAGAAGUCCAAGAGAGAUCGUCAACGUCUGCAGAAUCCCUCAACGUUCCCUUCUGUGCCAAAGACAGAUCUGUCAUAA